AUGGCCCUGACCCCGGAGCUGUACGAGGCCCCGGCCUCCAAGCUGGACGCCUUCGUGGCCCGCUGGGUGCAGCCCACCCAGGAGUGGAAGGAGGCAGUGCUGGAUGCUGGAGGAGUCGUGGAAACCUUCCUCAGGGAACAGCGCUUCCAGGGGGAGCAAGGACUAGACCAGGAGGUGCGGAUGCUGAAGGUGGUCAAGGUGGGCGCCUUCGGAAACGGCACGGGAAUCCUGAGCAGCACGGAGGUGGAGCUGGUGGCCUUCCCAAGCUGUCUCCGCAGCUUCCAGGACCAGGCCAGGUGCCACCGCGCCGUUCUCCGCCUGAUCCGGAAAAGGGCCCUGAGCUCGGAAGACCUGCUGGCCCUGGGGCUGGAGAGCGUGAGACUGGUCCGGGGGGUCCCCGACGCGCUGGUCUUCACCGUCCACUCUUGGAGUUCAGCUGAGCCUGUGACUGUCCGAGUGGUCCCUGCCUGCAAGACCCUGGGACCUUCCGUGGUCGCCAACACCCAGCCUCCUCACCCCGCGGUCUACGAGGCCUUGAUUCAGGCCGAGGGCAGCCCCGGCCUUUUCUCCCCGUCCUUCUGUGAACUGCAGAGAAACUUUGUGAAGCAUCGGCCCACCAAGGUGAAGAGCCUCCUGCGGCUGGUGAAGCACUGGUACCUGCAGUAUGUGAAAGCCUGGUGCCCCCGGGCCGCGCUGCCCCCACUCUAUGCCCUCGAGCUCCUGACCAUCUACGCCUGGGAGGUGGGUGCUGAGGAGCAGGAGAGCUUCCGGCUGGAUGAAGGCUUGACCACGGUGAUGGAGCUGCUCCAGGAUCACCAGUUCCUCUGCAUCUACUGGACCAAGUUCUACUCGAUGGAUGAGCCGGUCCUUAGGGAGUUUAUCCGGAGAAAGCUCAAAGAGGAGAGACCCAUCAUCCUGGACCCCGCGGACCCCACCCACAACGUGGCCAAAGGCUACAGGUGGGAUAUCUUGGCCCAGCGAGCCAGCCAGUGCCUGAAGCAGGACUGUUGCUACGACAGCGAGGACAACCCCAUCUCCAGCUGGAACGUGAAGGUAUCCACUGACUUCUGA